AUGGCCACACGGAGCCAGGAGAAAGAUUGGGCAAUAGGAGACUAUGAUUCGUUUCCUUCAAGUCUCCUCAAGUUUUGCAUCACUUCUGCUACCUCUUGUUUUACUAGUAGCGGCACAGGACAAAAUUGCUCUUCAUUUCGGCUAGUGUCCUUAGCCUCUGUGCUUCUAUUGCUUUCAAGUCUCCUUCUCCUGUAUCAGAGGUGCAAACAUCCUGGAAGACAUCCAGGACACACUGUGACUUCUCUUUACUGUUUCCUUGGUAACGUGUGUGGAUUCACAGGCGCUGUUUUGUCCAGACAGCUGCACAUUCAAGUUUUAAUGGGAAUUCUCUCUGCUGCUCUGGAUUUGGUCAACGUUAUAUCCUGCUGUAUUCCACUGUGUCUUGGCAAGAACUGGAAAACGGAGAGAAGGCGAAGAAUGAUCAAAAAGCGCAGAAGAUCUCACUUUCUAGCAGUUUGUCUUCUGACUGCACUUACUGGAGGUUUCUUGAAGUCAAGCAUCCUCCACAGCCAAACAACAGACAGGAUCACUCUGAGGAGGAGACUGCUUUCUCUCGCCCUACAAGACAAAACUGAAGUCCUGGGUUACAUAAUUGGAUUGAUAUCUUUUGUCAUCACCUUUACCUCAAAGUUGCCCACACUUUGCCGAGUUCUCAAAGGGAAGACUUUGUCAAGCGGUCACAUUUUCUCUGGAGUACUAUGCUCCAUAGGUGGUGCCCUUUAUGCUGGCGCCUUAAUUCACCACGGCACUCAAGUCAGCUUCCUCCUCAGGGUUAUGCCUUGGCUGCUGUGUGCAAUCUGUGGUGCCUCGCUGGAUUUUUUUAUUGUAGUCCUCUACUGGUGUCAUGUGGAAACCAGGCAAAAGCCUAUGAGCUUUUCUCCAGAAAUGGAGAGCCUCUUAGGUGACUCAUCCAAAGGCAAAGCUGCCAUAAAGCAUAAUGGAAAACAAGGAAAACAUUUCAAUUUGAUGGAGAUGGGUCAUUAUAUGGAUGUCAGUGAAGAUGCGACAAAAGAAGUAAGUUGUACUAUGUACCCCAGAGAGGCGACAGUGUGUGGGAAAGUAAUGGACAACAAGGUUCUGAGCAGGAAAGUCCCAAUGUGGGAUUUUGAAACGGGAAAUGCACAGUGGAGUGAAGCAAAAACAAAACCCAAGGAUAGAGAGGCGUUCCCAUUGCAAGAGUGGCCAAGCAACCCCAAACCCUUCAAUAAUGGCACAUAUGCCUCAUGUGUACUCCCUCAGAACGGCGUGUCCUGUAACGAGGCUGUUAGCGAAUUCAAAUGA